AUGAAUGGAAUUGAAGAAAGUCCUAAUGGAACUAAAAAAGAAGCAGCAAUGUAAUUAUAAAUCAGAUCAAUAGAUAAGCUCAAAAAACAAAACCAGACUUUAAGAAACAACCUUAAAAAUCUAUACUGAUUUAUUCUGACUAAAAUCACUGCAUAAAUUUUUUUAAUCUCUAAUAUACAAUAUGAGCUAAUUAUUUUUAAUCAAAAAAAGUAGAAUAAGUCAAGCACUUGACGAAGCUCUUGAUAAACAAGCCAAAACUAACAACCCCAAAGAAAAUCCAGAAGUCGCUGAAUUUUCUGAAAAUCCAGAAGACAAAGGUGUGUCCCUUGCAAGAAUCAAAAAAUACAAAAAUCAGAUUUUCAGCAUGAAAAAAGAGCUAGAAGGCAACAACGAAAUGAGAAUCGCCGACCUGGAGAACCAAGUCUCCUACCUAAAAAAUAAAAUCCAAGAAUACGAAGACGAAAACGCUGCUCUGCUGAAAAUCGAGCAAGAACAAAGCGAAGCUGCCUCAUCCAAUCUAAACACGCUUCAAAUAAACUCAGCAAAAGUCGAUUCUUUAAAAGAAGAGCUAAAAUCCUUAAAAGAAACACACAAAGAUCUCCUUUUAAAACAAAAACAAGGCGAAAAAACUCUUAUCCCCCCCCUCCGUGAGUGAACAAAAAAAUUUUGUUCACUCACGGAGGGGAAAAUUUAUAUAUAAAUUUUAUAAAAAAUAUUAUUUUUCAAAAUUUAAAAAAAUCCUAAUUCGCAAAAAUUUGAAAGCAAAUAUAUUAAUUUAAUUUAUAAAAUUUAUGUUUUAAAACGCAAUUUGUUUAAAAUUAAGCAGAAUUAGCUCUAGAUUUCAUUAUGCUAAUUAUCACUUAUAUAUCAAAUUUUUUUUCUAUUAAAAAAAAUUUUGUUCACUCACGGAGGGUGGGUUUUUGGGCAAAAAAUAGCAAUUUUUCUAAUGGUUUUGUUCACUCACGGAGGGGGGGGGGAGUUAAGGAUUUCCACGAAAAAUAUGUGAAUUUAGAAGAAUUUUGCAGAAAAACAAAAGCAUUGAUAAGGCAAAGGAAAUUAGAAGAAAACCUACCGCCACUGCCUGAGGUGACUGAUGAAGAAAUAAGAGAACUUGAGGAUAAAAUCAAGGAAACGGAAAAAAUGAAAAAAGAAGAAGAAGGGAGUUUGAAAAAGAAAAUAAAAGAACUUGAAAAACAGAUAAAAGUUAGCAAGGCUAAUAUUAAUGAUUUGCAGAGCAAGCUGAAAGAGAAGGAUCAGGAAUGCAGGGCGACGAUGCUGAAAAUUAAAGAGCUUAGAAGAGCUGUGAGGCAGUGCAAACUAAGCCCUAUUAAUAGGUCUACAAAUACAGAGGUAGCGCCAAGGCCAAGCACGCUGAGAUCUUAUGAAUCGAAAAUUGAGAUAAAAAGACCAGUAGCUGUUGAAAGAUAUGGGAGAGAAAUAAAUCAGUAUAAAAGUGUAAAAUCAAACAGAAAAUCAAGUAGUCAAGAUCGAGACAAUUUAAAAGUGACCCCAUUUUCUGAAGAGAAUUCAGAUGGGAUGAUGCCUAUGAAGCCUUCAUCUUUUGGGGAUAUGGGGAGCUCAUUUCUCACUCAAGACCACCAAUAA